AUGUUCGAACUACUCAAAGGAAAGACUGUUGCCAUUACAGGUGCCUCAACCGGAAUUGGGCGCGCCAUUGCCAGAGGCAUGUACCAGCAAGGAGCCAACGUGGUGAUCAACUACUUCCCCGAGAACAAGGAGCAAAUCAAAGAGAUCCUGGAAAAGGACUAUGACAAUGAUACUGAACGUGUGGAGUUUGUGCUCGGCGAUGUUAGCGAUCCGGCCACGUCUACAGAUUUGGUGGCUAAGACUGUGGCCAAGCACGGCCGUCUGGACGUGUUUGUCUCCAACGCGGGAAUUUGCAAAUUUUACGACUUUUUGGAGAUCCCAGCUGAUGAGUACCGCAGACACAUUGACAUCAACUUGAACGGGUGCUACUUUGCUACGCAAGCAGCUGCCAGGCAAAUGGCCAAGCAGGAGCCCAGUGGAGGCUCCAUCAUCGGUAUCUCGUCCAUCAGUGCGCUCGUUGGUGGUGGAUACCAGACCCAUUACACUCCAACUAAGGCUGGAAUUUUGUCCAUGAUGCAGAGUGAGGCCGUCGCCCUUGGAAAGUACGGAAUCCGUGCUAAUGCCCUUCUUCCAGGAACAAUCCGUACCCAGCUGAACGAUGAGGACUUGGCUGAUGAGGUGAAGAGAGACGCUAUGAACAAGCGUAUUCCAUUGGGCAGAUUCGGUUUGCCAACUGACUUGGCUGGACCUGCCAUUUUCCUUGCUUGUGAGGAAUUGAGUGGAUAUGUUACUGGUGCUCAGAUUCUGGUAGACGGAGGGUUGUUUGUGAAUCUGCAAUAA